AGGGUAAGGUUGGAGCCUCCCGAGGCGGCCAUGUUGGAUGUGUUGGUCAGGGUUGUGGUGUUGACUCAUCUUCACCCGUCGCCUCACUGCAGCUCUCUGCCAACUUAACUGUUUCUCCUCCUCAGGUACUGGUACCUUUGGAAAAUGUUCGUGGCACAUCUGGAGCCGCUCACCUGGAGCUCACCUCACCUGCUGUGCUGGUUGCUGGCCUGCGUCUGGCUCCUGGCUCCGCCCACAGGUGUGUCAGCUGACCUGUGCCGCGUCACCGGCGGCGUUCUGGGGAUCCACUGGACCAGCACCCUGGGCCUGGGCUGGUACCCGCUGGCGUCCGGCAGAGGCGGCGCCACCUGCUGGGAGAUGUGCUGCUUGGAGCCCAGGUGUGACGCCGUGUGGAGCAUCGGGGGACGCUGCGUGCUCCUCAGCUGCUCCAAGAAGGACGGCUGCAGCAUCUCGUCUCUGCCGCAGCCCCACGAGGAGUCGCUGGGCCUCCUGCAGCUGCUCUCCAAGGGACCGGUCCGAAUGAAGCGCAGGAAGCCUCGCCACGCCCUCCGUGGACGGCUGAGGAGAGCGCACCUCAGCAGCACGGGAAGCCCCGGCGCCGUUCAGCUUGCUCCCACAGCUCUCAGCCGCAUCACGGUCCCACAGACGGCCCAGCAGAACCUCCGCCUGUCAGCCAAUGGGAGCUCAGAUGGAGUUCUGGUUCCGCCUCUGCAGAACUCCACCGUCCACGGCACCAUUAAUCCCACCACGUCUUCCAAUAUCACCGAUGGGAGCUCUCUGACUCCGGCAGUCAAGGAGCUGGUGGUGUCGGCAGGAGAGAGCGUGGAGGUGACGCUGCCGCGCAGUGAGGUGGAGCUCAACGCCUUCGUGGUCCCCCCUCCCCCCUCAGGAAGCAGCUAUGCAUUCGAAUGGCGUCUGAAAACUCACCCCAAAGAUUACAGCGGAGAGAUGGAGGGCAAGAAGGACAGGACGCUGAAGCUCAGCAAGCUGACGGUGGGCCUGUAUGAGUUCGAGGUGACGGUGGAGGGAGAAGGAGCCCGUGGGCGGGGCUACGUCAACGUCACUGUCAGACCAGAGCCGCGGGUAAACAAGCCUCCCGUUGCCGUGGUUUCCCCCAAGUUCGAGGAGCUGUUCCUGCCGACCAGCUCCACGGUGAUCGACGGCAGCCGGAGCACCGACGACGACAAGGUGGUGAUGUGGCACUGGGAGGAGGUCAAAGGUCCCCUAAGGGAGGAGAAGGUCUCAGCCGACACCCCCAUCCUCACCCUCACCGGCCUGGUUCCAGGAAACUAUACCUUCAGUCUGACGGUGACGGACUCUGAUGGAGCCACAGACACCACGCAGGCGUCGCUCUCUGUGAACAAAGCUAAGGACUACCGGCCAGUGGCCAACGCCGGCCCUAACCAGGUCCUCCAGCUGCCAAGGAACUCCAUCACUCUGUACGGGAACCAGAGCACCGACGACCACGACGACCUGUCCUACGAGUGGUCUCUGAGCCCAGAGAGCAAGGACAAGGUGGUGGAGAUGCAGGGCGUUCGGACCCCCAUCCUGCAGCUGUCCGCCAUGCAGGAGGGAGACUACACCUUCCAGCUGACAGUGACUGACUCUGCAGGACAGCAGGACACGUCCAAGGUCACCGUCAUCGUCCAGCCAGAGAACAACAAGCCGCCGGUAGCGGACGCCGGGCCGGAGAAGGAGCUAACGCUGCCUGUAGACAGAACCACGCUGGACGGCAGUAAGAGCAGCGACGACCAGAAGAUCGCCACCUACCACUGGGCCAAGACCAGUGGUCCUGAUGGGGUGAAAAUAGAAAAUGCAGACGGCGCCAUUGCCACGGUGACGGGCCUGGAGGUCGGCACGUACAAGUUCACACUGACCGUAACGGACGAGAGGAAGCUGGAGAGCAGCGACACGGUGACCGUCAUCGUCAGAGAAGAAACGGACCAGCCGCCUGUGGCCCGUGUCCUGUCCAGUCAGCCCGUCUCUCUGCCCGUCAGGACCGCCGUCCUGGACGGGUCCCGCUCCUCGGACGAUAAAGGCGGCCUCAGCUUCCAGUGGAGCCGAGGUGAAAGCAGUCCUGCAGCCGGGGAUGUGCUGAACAACUCUGACCACCAGGCGGUGCUGCUGCUGGGAAACCUGGUGGAGGGGAAGUACAGCUUUACCCUGACAGUGACCGACAGCAAAGGACAGAGCAGCUCAGACACCGGAACCGUGGAAGUCCGACCAGACGUGUGGGAGCGUGACCUGGUUGAACUGGUCCUGGAGGUUCCCGUUUCCCAGAUCUCCAAGCGUCAGCGUGACCUGCUGCUCCGUCAGGUGGGGGUCCUGCUGGGCGUGCUGGAUGGUGACAUCAUCGUCAGAGAGAUCAGUGCCUUUAAUGAGCACAGCACCCGUCUGGUCUUCCUGGUGUCGGGCGGUCCAGAGCGCCCCCCUCUGCCCGGCCGCAGUGUGACGCUCAGCCUUCGCAGCAAACUACGCAAACAGAAGAACGACUUCCUGAUCUUCAAAGCUCAGCGUGUCGACACGGUCGUCUGCCAGCUGAACUGCUCCGGCCACGGAGAGUGUGACUCGUUCACUCGGAGGUGCGUCUGCCACCCGUUCUGGAUGGAGAACGUCAUCAGAGCCCAGCUAGGGGAUGCAGAGAGCAACUGUGAUUGGAGCGUGCUGUAUGUCACCAUAGCAUCCUUCAUGAUUGUGGUUGCUAUGGCAACGCUGGUCUGGUUAGCCGUCUGCUGCUGCAACAGGCGGAGGAGCAAAGUUCGCCGCAGCAAAAGUCGUUAUAAGAUGCUUGAAGGCGAAGAUCAGGACGUCUUGGAGCUUCAACCACCAAGAACCACCCGUCUCAAGCCGGUUCCUGGUCCUACAUCCUCGGCUCUCAUGCACUCUGACUCGGACCUGGACAGCGAUGAGGGUCAGGAGCGUGGACACCUGCUGCGGACCCAGAACGGCUCCCUGAAGAACGGCGAGGGGCCCCCCAGGGCCAUGAAGCCCAGAGAGGAGCUGCUAUAGCCGACAGACUCCCAGAUUAUUCCUGCUUCCACCCUGAGCCAGAAGCGAGCUGGCAUCACUGGAACCACUGGUUACACACUGUGAGACGAGUUUACUGAUGAACGCUUUCCUUUCUGCUUCAACGACCCCCCCAGCCGGCCGCCAUGUCGCCUCCAACCAAACACUGCCACGUCUGAGGGCCGCUGACCGGUGGAGCUACCAAACCAGAGCUACCACCUUAAAACGCUGCCUAGGGAAACCUGCAUGAUGAGGGCCGCCCUGAGAUUCUGCUGCAUGUCUGUGUGUCGGUUUAUUUCUGUGUUGUUGACCCACAGGACAGUCUGGGGGGGGGGGGCUUUAUUCUGACACCCUGUCACACACUGGAGAACGCCUCGUUAAGGCGCCUCGUUAAGGCGCCUCGUUAAGGCGCUGACUGAGCCCAGCCGCUGACGAGCUGUUGAUGCACUUUGACUAAAUGUCUCAUUUUGUCUCUAAUGUUGGUUUGAGAAAUCAGCUGAUGCUGAAGGUUUAAAGAUGAGGAAAUGUUCUGCCCCCCUAAUCUGGGGCGCUUUUUAAUCUGAAUUUUAUUCCAUUAGAAGUUUUUAUUUUUCUGCUGAGGCAGAAACCUGAGGAUGAGAUUGUCUCCGUUGGUUUAAUUGGUCUUCCUGCUCAGACGGGCUGUCCCUGAUGGUUAUCUGGAUGACGAGGAGCUCGCCGGGACAUUUUAAUCUGUUUCCUCACCGCACUGCUUUGAUUCUAGUUUAUUCUAAAAAGCUCUGAAUGUCAGUAACUGAGGAAUUUAAAUAGCUUUAUUCUUUCCUGCUUUUAAAGAUAAAAUGUGAAGGUGAGGUAAGAAGUUCAGCAGAAGCUUCAUGAAGAAUGUUUCCUCCUCAGCAACAUGCUGCAGCCUGCAUGGAUCCCAGCUGAGCUGAACUCCUCCUGCUCCUCCUCCUCCUCCUGCUCCUCCUCCUCCAGCCGGGCCACAGCGCCUCACCAGCCGGGUCACUUCCCUGUCGGCUAUCUUGUGUGUGAAGAAAAGGCCGGCUGUGGAAACGUGUGAGAUGGAUGAUGUUGGUUCUGUUACGUGUUCAUUGGUCUCUUUAGUUCCAGCUGUGUUCAUGUUUAGGACCCGAGCUUCCAAUUAAGCCCCGCCCUCCUCUGUCUGUCAUUAACUGGAUCAUCUGCAAAUCAGAAUAAAAUGUUUUCAUGGUUUGUUGUUAACU